AUUGGAUAGAAGCAUUUAUUUCAAUUUUCCGUUACUCGUUUAACCAACUGAUUGUUUCUUGUCGCAGUUCACGUCCUCUUUAGGAAUCGUAUUCAUUGUAAUUUAAGGGAAUCCUUCCUUGUUUUCAAUCGAUAUUCAUUGCAAUGGGCUGUAUUUUAAGUUCAGUUGCUUGCUGUUUUUGUAGUUCUGCUGCUAGCUUGUGUUGUGCUUGUUUGCCCAGUUGCAAGUCAUCAACUUCUUCACGGUUCAUGUUUGCGUUGAUACUUGUUGUAACAGUUUUUCUUUCAGUGAUUGCAUUAAUUCCCAGUGUUAGAGAUGGUCUGACGAAAAUUCCUGCAUUGUGCACACCUUUUAAAUGGUCUUUAUCUAGUAGCGAGGCAAAAGGAAUUAUUGACUGUGAUGCCAUAACUGGUUUUGGAGCUGUUUACCGUAUAUGCUUUACAUCGGCCGUAUUCUACCUUGUGUUCUGCUUAAUCAUGAUCCGAGUUCAUUCGUCUAAGGACUGGAGAGCGAAGUUACAAAAUGGGUUUUGGUUUUUCAAGUUUCUUUGUUGGUUUGGUCUGUUAGUCGGUGCAUUUUUCAUACCUGUUGAAGGGUUCACAAACGCCUGGAUGGUUGUUGGGAUGAUUGGUGGCAGUCUGUACAUUUUAGUGCAGCUUAUUCUCCUCGUUGAUUUCGCUCAUUCGUGGAAUGAGAACUGGAUAGCUCAGUAUGAAGAAAGUGACAAUAAGUGCUAUGCAGCAGGUUUGAUCUCUAGCACUUUGUUUUUCGAUGGACUAUCGAUUGCUGGAAUAGUUCUUUUGUACGUGUUUUAUGCAGGUGCUCCACAGUGUGGAUUGAAUAAGGCCUUGAUCAGUAUAAAUCUUAUUUUUUGCAUCUUGGCUUCUAUUGUUUCGAUUAUGCCGAAAAUACAAGAACAUUUGCCACAUUCUGGCCUGCUACAGUCGUCGGUGAUUACUGCUUACGUCACUUUCUUGACAUGGUCAAGUUUAACAAAUGGACAGAUUCCAGCAUGCAAUCCAUCUUUGGCUAUGACAAAUAGUACUGGUGAACAUGACGACUCAGUUGUUUUGAAGUUCGAUUGGCAUAUUGCUAUUGGUUUAUUGGUGCUCAUAUUUUCGGUUCUGUAUUCCACAAUUAGAUCUAGUACGAAUACAUCAGCUGGAAAAUUUUUCAUAUCGUAUACAAAACUGUUGACCAACAUUUUAUGGAUGUUUAUCGUUGAAGACUUUUUCAAAACAUCAACUGGUUCCAUUUUAAGGAUCACUGAAUACUAGAAAGACCUGAACAAUCGUUUGAUAUCAUUUAGUGGUCAGCUCACAACCUCUCUGAAGGAUUUUCACGUCUUUUAACGAUAAAACUACCGCUUACCUUAAAUUAUAUAAGAGUCUGGUUUUAUUGUUUUGAGGUAUCACAUGGGUAAACGUUUUCAUCAAUUCAGUGUACGUAAAUGCAACACUGACCAGUAUUCUAAUAUCAAAAAGCAAAAAAAAUGAUGCUGAUAGCUAAGAUUGUUUAUAUUUUACAAUCAAGAGUUAUUAGUUAUUCGGUGAAAAUCCAUUUUUUUUUGUGAAAUACAUACUUGUCGUAUUAUUUACUGGGUCAAGUGAAUAACAGUGAUUCCACUGUUUCAUAUCUAACAAAUAAAAAUUGUGAAAUGAUAUUUUGCUACACUGCUCAAAUUUUACUCUUAUCUUCACAAUAUAAUGAUAGAGAGAGCUUCAGCUUUCUAGUUGACUGAGCUUCACAUACACUAGAUUGUUAUGCUGGUCUUAUUGUUACUACUGAUUACUCUGAAGCAUUCAAGACUGUAGAAUAGACAGUAUACAUAAGCCUAACCUUUAAAGACAUUUGCAGUUGGUAGCAAGAUAACACUGCUUAAGACGGAGUUUUAUACUUUCGAGGUUUUCAUCAAGAAGAAAUUAUAUCACAUUUUCGAAACCGAAUGCAGUAUCUCUAACGUCUGUUGGUACCUUCUGAGUCUUUUGUAGUCGUCUGUCUUAACUAGCUUGUUUAGAGGCUAUUCAACGGUGAAUAUUUGUUAGGAUUACUCCAGGAGAUCAUCUCGUGUACUUCCGUAUUUAAGGUGAAAUGGAUUCACUAUUUUUAUUCUCAUCAUAAGCAGUACCGUAAAGACCUAGUAGAAUCUUAGUAGCCUGUCUUUAAACCCUAUCUAGUUGACACUUGUCCCGUAUCAAGUAUGGCACACAUAUGAUAGCUCCACACUGUAGGUGUUAGCGGAUGUAUGUAUUGUUUGCUUGUUUAUUGAAAAUAAAAGCGUUACAAAGUCAGGGCCGAGAUGUGCCAUAGCAAAUAGUAUACCAAAAUUAGGAGUACAUAAAAGUGAUGUAGAGGGAAGGAAGUGGUAAAAAUUACGGAAGGGGAAACAGAUAGGUUAUCAAACAAACAGUUUCAUGCUUACACUUGCAUAAACAAUCGAUACUUUCGUCUAACUUUUGGAUAACUAAAGAAACAGGUAAGCUGCAGCAUAAUCACCACUGGUUGUGAUUCUGAUCCAUAUAUGUUAUGGUCUCAAGCCGCAAAGUUGCAUGAUCUCUUGGACCCUAUCUAGGGAGUUGUGUGGCACCUACAGAUACUUAACACAACUGUCUUUCAUCCCACGGUGCUACGUCAUGCACUGCCUACUCAUCUGCUUCUUUGAACCAGAUCUAGUAUAAGCGAAUGGGGAACGGUUUAGAAACUACUGGGAUGACAUUUGCAACUUUUGUCCAAGUUUCUGAGGCCGGUUUCUCAAGAUGACCUCACUGAAUAAAUGUUGAUCUCCACUGCACCCAAACGAGUGUUGCCUCACCUCAGAAUUCUCAGUGUUUCCAUUAGAGACGCGGGUGGUCAAACAUACAGUUGCAAGAGACCAGGUUUCACAGGCGUAAGGCAGAACUUAACACACUGUAUAUGCAACCUUUUAUGACCAGGUUGAUAUCAAUUUGUGGCCAAAAGUAAUGCAGGUUAACGGGUAACACUAGCUUUCGAUGUAUGAUCGAAGGCCACGACCACAUCGGAAGCACUGACACAGCUAACCCUGUAGGUAAACUUUUCGACUACUUUUACGGGUUCAUCACCAAAAGUUAGUGCAGAUACAGGCUCCUGCAGGCUUUAUAAAAGCCACUUUUGCAUUUAUGACGAGAAGUUCAUAUCACGCUUACGGACACGUUUGCUUUUGUGUAGGAUUUCAAAUUUGUCUUUUAUGAAUCUAUGACUUACUCUGAGUGGCAUUCUUAUCUUGGAGCCGGCUUUUUAGGUAGUACUCUAUGUAGAGCUGUCUCAUUUGUUUAAGAUGACUCAACCAAUGGGUCAUGGAUUCAAGCCCUGCUCUACCUACUGGGGCUUGGCAGCCAAGUAGUAUCAUUAGCCCUCACACACUGGGUAUGACGCAUUGCCUACUACAUGAAUGUGCACAAGGUUGGUGAUUACGUUUCGAUUGCAUUCGACUCGAUGUGUGGUAAGAGUUAGUGAGGGUGUCAAACAUCAGCACUCCUAAAGGAUGGUCCUGAUUAUCAUUUGGUAACCCUAUUUUUUGUUGUAUAAUUUUGAACUAUAGAACAUGAAAUGUGCAUCAACUGGACCAGUAUAACAGAAUUAUGAAUAUUAAAUGUUAGGGAAAAUUGACAAGUACGAUUUAAACAAUGAUAGUGCGAAGCUUCACCUAAAUGCAUACUCAAUCAGACAAG